CAUCCCGAAACACAUUCACGUGAUAACCUCUAUCUAUUAUUAUCCUGAUAACUUGAAACAAGUUAAUUGCUUUGCCAGUACCAACAUAAGUCUCAAUUCAACAAGCGUGUACAAACGCGCGGCUCAGAUGAACAGCAAUCUCAACGUUUGUGUUGUAUAUUUAUGAUAGUCGUUUGAGUGAUUUGUUAGUCGCUAGACUACCUUAUAUGUUUAGUAAUGUUUUACCUCUACUUAGAUUAACGUAUUUAAAAUUGUAUUAGAUCUAGCUCUAAUCAGUAAAAAAUUCAAAUACAUACAAUUUGUCAAAUGGCCAUAUCGUGUAUGUAUAAUGCUUGUGUGGUUUGUAUUGUUUUCUGAACAACAUGUUCUGUGUUUCAGCCUCGAGUGAUCCGAGUCGGACCGAGGGCACAACAGUGACGACCACAAGGACCACUGGGGACAACUCAGCAGCGACUCCAUCACCAGCAGACUGCAGGGACCUCUCUGUCGCCAGCAGGAGGGGGAACCUGGAGGAGGUGAAGCGGCUCCUGUCGCGGGGCAUCGACGUCAACUGUAGGCGGGGAAAGUGGAGCUGGACACCGGUGAUGCCGGCAGCACGGUGGGGACACAGCAACGUGGUGAAGCUCCUGGUGAGUAAAGGGGCCGAUGUGUCACUGGUGGACAAGGACGGUGACAACAUCCUUCGCCUCGCCUGUAUGGGAGGGCACUUGGAGACGGUGGAGUUUGUGCUGUCUCUGAACGUGGUGGACAUCAACAGUAGAGGAGGGGGGAGCAGGACACCGGUGAUGACGGCAGCAGAGUGGCGACACAGAGACGUGGUGGAGCUCCUGGUGAGUAAAGGGGCCGAUGUGUCACUGGUGGACGUGAACGGUGACAACAUCCUUCACUGGGCCUGUUGGGCAGGACACUUGGCGACAGUGAAGUUUGUGCUAUCACUGAACGUGGUGGACAUCAACAGUAGAGGAGGGGGGAGCAGGACACCGGUGAUGAGGGCAGCACUGAGGCGACACAGAGACGUGGUGGAGCUCCUGGUGAGUAAAGGGGCCGAUGUGUCACUGGUGGACGAGGACGGUGACAACACCCUUCACCUGGCCUGUUAUAGAGGACAUUUGGAGACGGUGAAGUUUGUGCUGUCACUGAACGUGGUGGACAUCGACGCCAGGAACAACUCGGGGCGGACAGCGGCCGACGUGGCGAGACGCAGGGGACAUACGCCAGUGUUGGAUCUGCUCGUGUCCCACGGCGCUCAGUGACGUCUGUGUCGUGUUUGUGUAGACGGUGGAGAAGGACGCUGACAGUGACGUGGUGUGCCGUUCACGUCGUCGUGUGUAAAUAUGUCUUCAUUUACGUAAAACUGUUUGUUGUUUUUGGAGAUGAAUAAAACUUGUAAAAACU